AUGAGCGAUCAUCUGGUGCUGUUCGUGGACCGUCUGGUGCGGCCCGUGCCGGUGAUGGAGCCGCUGGCGCAGCACCCGAUCCAACCCACCCCCGAGCCCUCGACCCCCGUCAAUGAGGCCGCGGCGGGCCCCUCCGUCUCCGCUCACGCGACCGACGACGACAGCGACGACGAGGAGGCGCUGCUGCUGAAUUUGGCGGAAUGUCGCAUUUGCCAAGAGGAGGAUAGCGUCAACAAUUUAGAGACCCCUUGCUCCUGCAGCGGUAGUCUCAAGUAUGCUCACAGAAAGUGCGUACAGCAUUGGUGUAAUGAGAAAGGAGAUAUAAUUUGUGAGAUUUGUCACAAGUCGUAUGAACCUGGUUAUACUGCCCCUCCACCUCGUCCUCAACCCGAAGAAACUACCAUUGAUAUAGGAGGAGGCUGGACAAUCUCUGGCAUGCCAUUAGAUUUACGCGACCCCCGACUCUUGGCAAUUGCAGAGGCAGAACGUCAAUUCUUGGAAGCUGAAUAUGAUGGAUAUGCUGCUUCUAAUGCCAGUGGAGCUGCAUUUUGUCGUUCAGUUGCUUUGAUUUUAAUGGCCCUUUUACUUUUGAGGCAUGCUCUUUCUGUCACGGAUGCUGAUGCUGAAGAUGAUCCAUCUACAUUUUUCUCUCUUUUCUUGCUUCGAGCUGCUGGUUUUCUUUUACCUUGCUAUAUCAUGGCCUGGGCAAUCAGUAUUUUGCAACGCCGGCGACAAAGACAAGAGGCUGCAGCACUAGCAGCAACCCAAGUUGCUUUUGUUCUACAAUCUGAGCAACGUAGGGGUCUGCAAUUUGCCAUAGCACCAGUACCAACAAUGAACACACACCAUGACCAAUUGUAA